GAAUCAUCAUAUUAUUUCUUGUUAUGCCUCUAAACUAGUAGAUCUGACGUUUAUUCUAUCUAUAGAAAAUCGCUGGAUCCAGAUUGGACAAGUUGGGAAUAUACAAGACGCCAAUGCUCCAUUGCUAUCUAAAAGGGGAAAGGGUAGAUGAGGUUUCCGGUGCUUCUAUCAAACACUUGAAAAAGAGACUUGAAAAUGUCUACAAUCCAUCUGGGAUGAAGAAAAGGAAAAGACAAGGUAAGAAAGAUGAGAAUAAUGGAGGAUUUGUUGCAGUACUCCCAAGUUUGGUUCCUGAAACAUCAUUUCCUGUGAUGGCCGAACUUGGACAAGUAAUUUUUGAUUUUGAUGAUGAGGAAGAGAUGACAGAUGAUGCGGACAAGAUGCCAUUUGAUGAGGAGAAGAGGGCAAGGGACAAGAUGUGGUGGUUUGCCAAAGGGUUGUUUUCAAGUAAAAAGAAGAGAGAGAUGUUUUGUAAAUUGAAAGAUCCUGAAGCCAAGCGCAAAUGGAUUAAGAGUGAAAUGGCUAAGGAAUGAACUGGAAGUACUUGUAUCAUGGUACAUGUAACGUUGUUUGACACUGUCUAUGGUUUAGACUUGUGUGGUGCUGGAUUAAGAUAUCCUUUUUUUAUUUAUAUACCCGCUUCUAGCA